GCCUCCAGUCAGCGGCAGCGGCUUCACCCCGCAGCCCUGAGGGGAGCCGGGCCCGGCGCAGGGGCGCACCGAGACGGGAAGGAGAAGGCGGGAAGGCAGGCUAGGGGUACCCCCCCACACACACACACACACCUUGUUGAGGGAGAAGCCAUGAGCCCCGAGGAGAAGCCGCCACCCAGCCGCUCCCGCGGUGACCGGCCGCCGCCGCCACCUCAGCCCGCUCCCGGCCGGGGCCGGCGGCGAGGCGGCUUCCUGACGGAGAUCCGCACGCCCAUCCGCACCGAGCCCUUCCAGGAGCGGUACAGCCUCAGCCCCGGCAGGGAGCUUGGCAGAGGAAAAUUUGCAGUGGUGAAAAAGUGUAUCCAGAAAGACACUGAAAAAGAGUUUGCAGCAAAAUUCAUGAGAAAAAGAAGAAAGGGCCAAGACUGUCGGAUGGAAAUAAUCCAUGAAAUUGCAGUCCUUGAGCUGGCACAAUGCAAUCUUUGGGUCAUUAACUUGCAUGAAGUUUAUGAAACUGCAACAGAGAUGAUUUUAGUCCUGGAAUAUGCUGCUGGAGGUGAAAUCUUUGACCAGUGUGUGGCUGAAAGGGAGGAAGCCUUCAAAGAAAAAGAUGUUAAACGACUUAUGAGGCAGAUCUUAGAAGGAGUUUCAUUCUUGCACAGAAACAACGUGGUUCACCUUGACUUAAAGCCCCAGAAUAUUCUACUAACCAGUAAGUCUCCUCUGGGAGACAUUAAGAUAGUAGAUUUUGGCCUUUCCAGAAUAAUGAAGAGCAGUGAGGAACUAAGAGAAAUUAUGGGAACUCCAGAAUACGUAGCUCCUGAAAUUCUGAGUUAUGACCCGAUCAGUACAGCAACUGACAUGUGGAGCAUUGGAGUACUGGCAUAUGUCAUGCUAACAGGGAUAUCGCCUUUCUUAGGGGAUGAUAAACAAGAAACAUUCUUAAAUAUAUCUCAAAUGAACAUAAGUUACUCUGGAGAAGACUUUGACCUCAUCUCGGAGUCUGCUGUGGAUUUCAUCAAAACUCUGCUGGUUAAGAAACCCGAGGACCGGGCAACUGCUGAAGAAUGUCUUCAACACCCAUGGUUAGAACAAAGCGAGAAUCCUGCCUGCAGGGUCUGGAGUAAGAGCACAGGAGAGGAGAGCAGCGAUGUCACCCAGAAAGAUGCCGAUUCUGCCUCUGAAAAAUCAGUAGAUGCUGAGAAGGCUGAAGAGGACGAAUCCAUAGUGACAGAAGAACUAAUUGUAGUGGCUUCGUAUACGCUGGGACAAUGUAGGCAGUCAGAAAAAGAAAAAGUAACUGAGCAGAAAGCCAUUUCCAAACGAUUUAAAUUUGAGGAACCGUUGCUGCAAGAAAUACCAGGAGAAUUCAUUUACUGAACUGUGUGGAGCUUCGUAGCUAUCGCUGGAAAGCAGUGUUUUCUACUAAACAAAACUAUCCUAGCCAAGUGAAUUUCUGAUAUGCAAUAAGAGCUCUAGAUAAAAGAAAAUGUUGCUAAAUGGCAUCCAAGGAAAAUGUGCCAAGUUUUUAAUUUCAUGGAACAGAUAAACAAGAUUUCAAGUGGCUGGUGGGAAUUUAACAAAGAUAAAUGCUUAUUUUUGUUUGUAAUUUUUAUUUCUGUUUUUUUGUUGUUGUUGCUUGAAAGCAGAGUUUUUGUUAAUUGUUCCAGUGUUAUGGAGAAGUUGACAUUGGAAGGGUUUCAGUGACAGAUGUCCAGAGGAAUAUUUUAGGGUAUAUUUUGGCAUUUAAUGCAAAUAUAUAAUGCUGGGUUUUCCUCAAACACCUUUGAGCACUCCUGACUUCAGUGGAAUUAUCUACUGAUUUAAAAAAAAUGUUUGAGAGGAGAAUUUGAUCAGCUGGUUUGACUUACAGAUUUCAAAACUGUACUGUGUAUAUAUUUCUUUAAGUUUAUGUCAAGUGAAAGGCCCAGACUCGCCUGGUGUAGAGCCACAGUGAGCUGUGCUUCCUCUAGCAAGAGGUGCUUGUGUCCCACAGGUGAAGAAAUCCAUAUUGGGGAACGAUUCCAGAUGACAGUGGUGAUACUUCUUUAUUUGGGAGCACAGUUAAGUUCUGCUCCAGGGGGUGAUGGAUUUGCUUUAAGGCUGUCACUCCCAAGAGCCAGCAGAGAUGCCUCCCUUCCCUGGUCAGACGUGCUCGGUGUGAGCGUGCAGCGGAACAAAGACAAGGGCAGAGGGUCUGAUGCAGCUCUGUGCAAAUCCCUGCCACUGACUUCACCGUGUUAGAUCAGACAGUUUGUCCAACUAAUGAUAAAUCAGCCCUCAAACAAUUCCCCCCCCCCCCCCCCCCCCCCCCAGAACACAGCUGGGGUUUUACUGAGAGCAUGAGGUCAUUGCUGCCUUCUUUCUGUUCCUCUAACUGCCGCUUUAAGGAAGAAAGAAGCAUCCUUAGGCUAAAUUGCAUAACCUUGUUCAAUGCAGCUCUCAGAUGAGGAAGGAGAUGUGCUUCAUUGUUUCAGAGGGAGCAGCCUAACUGGUACCUGGUGCUGCUCUCCUGUAGACACUGGGAGGAACAGUGUGUGUGAUGGGGCAGAGUGGGAUCAGGGAGCCACACGGGUGGGUCACAGUUCUCAAUGGACACGGUCCCUCAGAGGACAAAGCUGGGACCAACUGGUUAUCAAAUUUGACUGGUUUUUGCAACGUACAGGUCUGAGGAUCUUAGACCGAGCCCUAGUUUUCUAAGAAAUAGUUCAUAUUGAUGCUGUUCCAAAGUUUAAUUUUUAUGUAAUUGAAGUUUAGUACUAUUAUAUUGCAUACUGUUAACUAUUCAACUAUUUAUUUGGUUUCCUUAUGCUGUUCCUUUAUAAUAAACCCUGACAAAAGUUUUCUUGCUAUAAAACAAUGACUAAGAAACCAUUAAGCUAGCUUUUCCUUUUUUUUUUUUUUUCCCCAUGUUGCUACAGGCUUUUCCUAAUUUUCAAGUGUACCGAGAAGGCUCUGAAUCUUUUUGAGUGACCAGGGGUUCAGUGCUCCGUGUUAAUAUUAGGGUUCCUCCUUCACAGAAAAGGUAAAUGGCUGAUGAAUAGUGUGAGCACCUCUGAGCCAGCAGAGCAGUGGUGGUACCUGGGCAUGUCUGGGGGUGGGCAGUGGCUGCAUCACUGCACGUUUGCUGACCCUACCAACGAUGCUCAUCUGUUUCAGGGUUUUUUAAGCAUGACAGUACUCUUCAGGGGCAUCUUUUUUACCGUUUGGUCCCUUCCCCGGGGCAGUUUGCUGAUAUUACUUUAGGAAAUGCUUGUCUGACAGAUAAAAAUUUCUCCCAGCUUCUGUCAUUGUCCUUUUGACUUUUUUUUUUUUCCACAUCCAUACUCCCUUGGUUUUUUGAAGUUGAGCAAAGUGCUGAGGCUGAAGCAUGUUCACAUCCCACCCUUACAAAACAAAUUGAUGUUGCCCUGUCUCUGUAACAGCUCACGGUUGCUCAAAACGACCCGUUUGAGGGACCUAUAAGCUGCUUCAAUUCCUAUUUAUAACCAGAGACCGUGCCUCGGAGGGGACUUGGUACUAAAGAAAAGGAGUAGAUGCUGAGCAGCGUGCGUUUUGUCCUGUAUUUACUGGUUUUAUUGUAUGGCAAUGAAGCUCAACAUGUAUAAAUGAACUAUGUACUUCUUACAAGGCCAGUUUCUCUUGAAUUGGCUGCUUUGAGGCUUCAAACGGGCUGCGUUUCUGUUUAACUCUCUGUGCCUUAAGGUGGUUUUGUACAGUGUUUUUUAACAUCGCUAAGAAUUUGUAUAAAGUUGUGAGAGUUUAAUAGUGUAAGUUAUGAACAAGGCAUCGUAGAUUGGACCUGUAAUAGGAAAAAAACAUUCUAUAACAUUUAACUGGAGGACUAUCAGCCAGUCCCACACACUUGAAGCUAUUUCUGUUCCACUGUAAGUGUGGGUAAAGCUGUAAAGGAGGAAUUCUUACCCUACGCUGCAGAAAAGGGGGUUAAAGUUGUUUUUUGAGAGGCUUAGUCACUAGUGAAGUGACAUGUUAAUAGUGGGAACAAAUCACUAGCUUGUGAAAAAGAGCUGGUUCUCUGCAGCUGCAUGAAUGGGGAGGACUGCGUGUACACACGCGGUUCUUUUGGGGGGAAAAAAAGCUGCUUAUGCCUUAAAGUGUUUGUGGGGAACAGGGGGUGGUUGUGGAGAAGGAAUCAGCUCCAUGGCCCUCGUGGGGGGUGCUCUCUCAGCCCCUGCUCUCCAGACUGGGCACUGGCUGGCUGCCUCCCUAAGGCUGGGGGCACGGCUGGUGGCUGCUUGAGUGCAGGGUGUUCUUAGAAAUUGCUGGAGAAUUGUUAUUUCUAUGGUUCUGAGGCAAAAGAUAAGAACUAUUCAUCUAUAGGGCAGGGAGGGGAUAGUGGUCCAGGCCUUGCAGUUGUUGGAAUAAACAGCAACCAUCCAGGUGAAAGCAAAGCCUUGUCUCCUCGUCUUGUUGCUACGUUCACCUCUUUAAGCAAGAGGCUAUAGAUUUUAUAGUCAUUAAACUAAAAGGUCUAUAAAAUAAUAUUGGGGUUUUCUUGUCCAAAGCUGGAUUUGCAUUGCGAUUUGUCUCCUUUCUGACGUAUUUCAUUUGAGGGUCCCAAAAUGCAGAAGGCUGAAUUCCAGCUUGUGAUCUACCAGGUGAAUCUUGAGAGCUGUUAGGCAAGGAAGGAAAUGCAAAUAAAACUCAUUCUCCAGGGGUGGUGCUGGGAGGGGACGGGGGGAGGUGGGCCUUGCACCGAGCUACUCCAUGGCUUAAGAUCCUGCUUGAAUAUUCCAGGUGCUGUUCCUGGAAGACAUUUGAACAUUAUUUUUUUUUUUAAGAAAUAGUGCCAGUUCAUUGUACUUCUGACAAGGUGUUUACUGUUUCAGGAACUUUACAAUAAAUGAAAUAUUGUUUUCUGGACAGCU